AUGGCAACCUCUACUGGCUCCGGGUGGACGCAGCUCCGGCAACAAGCCCGGUCACUCGAGACUCAGACCCAAAACCUUUUCAACACGUACUCACAAUUUGCCUCUAUCACAAAGCCUCCGCAAUCACCCACCGAGGAAGAGCUACGGCUUGAAUCACAAUUGAAGGACCUCCUCGAAAGACGUGAAUCUUUGAUCGCCCAACUAUCUCGUUUACUUGACUCCGAAGCUACCCUCACAUCCUCUGCCCUGAAACAAAACAACGUCGCCCGCCACCGCGAGGUGCUCCAAGACCACCGCCGUGAACUCAACCGUCUCACUUCAGCCAUUGCCGAGUCGCGCGACCGUGCUAAUCUACUCUCUAAUGUUCGAUCUGACAUUGAUUCCUACCGCGCAUCUAACCCCGCCGCCGCCGAGGCCGAGUACAUGCUCGAAGAGCGGGGCCGAGUUGAAAACAGCCACAAUAUGAUGGACGGGGUGCUGAGCCAAGCAUAUGCGAUCAACGAGAACUUUGGAGUCCAGUCUGAAACCAUUGCAAAUAUCAAUCGGCGCAUUGUCGGCGCUGCCAGCAGUGUCCCCGGUAUGAACUAUCUAAUUGGCAAGAUUGGCAACAAGAAGAGGAGGGACGCUAUGAUCCUUGGAUGCUUCAUCGGGUUCUGCUUUUUGAUGUUGCUAUUCUUCCGGUAA